CUAAAAAUAAUGCCCUGAGAGUAUCCCCUUUACUGGAUGAAAAAAAUCGGGCACAGUGGGGGCGGCGUCUCUCCUGUACACUGAAACUUUGCUUAAACUCAAAGGUACAAUCUAAGUGUACCUGAUAAACGUGUCAUAAAAAGUUACUUAUUUCCUGAGCUGCCGUGGAGUUGUUUACUCAGUUUCCAAGUGCCAGGGAGGCCGUGUGGACGUCACAGAAGGCUCAUUGACAGGCACCAGGAACCCGCCAGCACCCUGCCACGUCUAAGUGUCGGCGUCUCGAUUGGACCAAUGCGAGCCGGAUUAAAGCUUUUCAAGGCUUAAGGCUGCCAUGAAGACUCCAAGGUGCGCUGGUGAUCGGGGGUGAAGGGCACCUAUGGGAGUUUGGGCUCGACGUACCCGCGCAUGCUCCAAGAGGCGCCCCGAUUCGCGCAAAUGUGAUUGCCACUUUCUUACCGCGGGCCUAGUGGCUGCCGUCUUCCUCGUCCUCCUGGGAUUUUCUUUGCCCCACUUACCGGAGCCGCUCGCGCUAAAGCCGGCAACGACAGCUCCCGAGGUGACGCUCUUGAUUUGGACUCAUCCGUUCGGGCGGAAGCGGCCACUUCCGGAUUGUUUGGCACGCUACGGCGUUGACGGCUGCGUGCUGACGGACGACAGGUUCCAGUACGCGCGCGCCGACGGCGUGCUCGUGCACCACCGCGAUGUUGCUGCGGGAACCGCCGAGCUACCGCCGGAAGUGGGUCGGCCGUCGGGGCAGAAGUGGAUAUGGCUGAACUAUGAGUCGCCCUCGCACACGCCAGACCUGUGGCGCCUGGAGGGCCGCUUCAACCUCACCAUGAGCUACCGCGUCGACUCUGACAUCUUCCUCCCGUACGGCUACCUGGUCCACAAGCAUGGCGGCGGGCAGCCGCUCUCAGAACCUUCGAGAACUUCUCGUCCUGGAUUGGUCGCGUGGGUGGUGAGCAACUGGGUGGAUUCGCAGGCCCGCGUGGCCUUCUACUACCAGCUCAGCCAGUACAUCCAGGUGGACGUGUUUGGCCGAGCUGGACACAGCCUUCCGGAAGGCCUCGGAAGCGUGGUGCGUCUGGUAAAGCACUACCACUUCUAUUUAGCCCUGGAGAACUCGCAACACACAGAUUACAUCACAGAAAAGCUGUGGAACGCUGUGCUGGCCGGAGCCGUGCCCGUGGUCCUGGGUCCUGCCCGGAAGAAUUACGAGCGCUUCCUGCCGCCCGAGGCCUUCAUCCACGUGGAUGACUUCCCCUCGGUCAAAGCUCUGGCUCUGUACCUGCUGGCGCUUAGGCGGGACCCGGCAAGGUUGCUGGGGCACCUGCGCUGGAGAACGGGCCUUGGACUGCGCCAGCCCGCCUUCUGGGGAGAACACUACUGCACCGCAUGCAGGGCACUAAGGAAGAACAUGGGACGCACCCACGUGGUCCGUGACUUGACUCGAUGGUUUGAGUCCUGAGGAGUGGACUGCUGGCAUACAGUAAACAAAACCCCCGCUACUUUCAGGGGAUUGGGAUAGAGCCCUGCAGCCAAUUUGGAAAAGCUACCAGUAAUUGACACAGUUCUAAUUGUAAACUAUAAUUAUACCACAAACUGAAUUCACAACACAUCAACAUAAUUUCAAACUCAUCUUGGAACUUAACCCUUACAAAUAAAUUACAGUCGAUAUGAAUUUGAACUAAUGCAGUCCAUUAUUAGUAAUACCCGGAACCUUGAUCAGCAGCCCUUAUGUAUACCCACCCCCAUUUGUAGUUGAGUAAAUAAACACCCAAGGCCACUGACAAUUUGAGGAAAUGUGGUGAUUACAUUACACACAAUGUUUCAAGGCGAACAACAAUUUCCUGUCAUGGAGGUUAUUAACACAGAUGUCUUAAGUCUCAUCAGAGACAACAAACAUACAAGGGCAGUUAUGUAUUAUUGUCAUCCUGUAUACUGUCGUCGGGCCUCCCUCGCUAUCCUUUCAUCUGUGCUUUUUGCCCAUACGUCUCCCAACCCCCCCACCAAUCAAACCCCCACCCCGUUCCCCUUCCCUUUCUUCUUGUUUUUCCUGUCUACUGAACAGAGACAUGUUGAUAUGAGACCCUGCUUGCCCGGCCGCAAGGGAGCAAGUCUCUGGUGCCUUUUGAUCAGCUGCAAGAUCAGACAUGUCGCCCCACCCCUCCGUCCCCCAUGUACACUCCAGCGACUGAUCAUGCAGUAUAAUGGGCAGCCGCGGACGACCCCGAAAGAUGCACGCCCACGCCCGUUCCCGAUACAAAGCCAAUCGAAGCGGCCUGUUGUUUACCUCUGCUCGCACGCCGCGUUCGCUUGUUUUCUGGACGCCAGGGACGUAAGAUGGAUGAUCCUAAUCACACAGGAGCCAUCAGCGAGACAGAGUGGAAGGUCCAUGGGCCGGCGAGACACAGUCAUGGGAAACCAACCGUCAGAUUGCUGCGCGGCACGCUUUUAUUUGUCGCCUUUGUGCCUAUGCAUGGGACUUACUUGCUUUUGGCACACGUGGACAAGAAUAUGAAAACUCCUGUUGCGGUGGCCAUGUUUGGAUGAUGAUUCUGUGUUGAAUUAAAUGGGAAUGCCAUUAAUUCAUUCCAGCCUCCUCCCAAAAACUAAC